AUGUGCGCCCUGCUGAAAGAUGACUCUCGAAACUCCAGUGUCGACGGUCCGGACAAGUCUGAGCGAGACAAAAACCGCUUGCCAGCUCUCGAGACCGGUGCCAGCGACCAGGCACAUCGCCUGGACUUCACAGUCUAUGCUGUGAACCGGCUACCAUUCGUGAAGGCGAGCUGUCGCUCGUUGGAGGCGCCUCCAUUGCACAGCGAGGGGGUGGUGCACCACCCAUUCGUGGCUUUCUUCACAUCCUUCUCGAGAGCAAAGGCAGCGGCGUGUUGGCUCAGCGAAUGCGGGGAGGAAGUCUAUGUGCAUCGCUUUAGAGCCAACAAUAGUGUGGAGGGCAAAUGGCAUCCCCUCAGGCCUGGGCAGACCACCAACCAUCCAACACAGAUGUGCCACUAUGCCUCGACCGGCAUAGCCUUCAGGGAUUGGCCGGUGCAGCGACAGCUUGCAGCCGACAGAAAGAGCGGCAUGGCGCAUAGGGAACCAAUCAAUGCAUUCCUGGUGGGAGUGAACGCAGCGCCAGACGAGGCGCCUCAGUGGCGGCACUACAACUUCUUCACGGUGGGCGUGUUCACAUCGGAGGUGCGCGCGAAGGCAUGCGUGGCAGAGCGUGGCCAUACAGCUGUCUCCAUGUGUCCCAUCACACUCAAUGCGCCGCUCUUCCCCUGCCUCAGCUCUGCGGUCCUCUCAGCCCACCAGACCCGCCUCCUGGUGCGAUCGGCGACGAUGUUUGUGGAUCACAGCGAGGACGCAGAGAGGGAAGGUGGUGUCAUGAGCGACAUCAUGGCGCAGAUCUGGGACCUUGUGCUCGACAGGCAUCAGCACCCCUGCAAAGCCGACCCUCGCGCCAGCAAAGCAGCAGCGAGGCAAACACCGGAGCUUCUGUCAGAGGCAGAUGACCUGUUGCUCAGCAGGGACAGUAGUGUGGAAAGCUAG